GAGAUGCACCCCAUCACUUGCCAGUAGUCCAUCCUCUUGGAAGAGUAGACCAUGGUCAAGGAAGCCAAAAUGCUCCUCUUGACACCAUUUUCUGAGCCAGUUAUUGACCUGUACUAUUUUUCUGGCCCUUGUAGAGCCGUGUCCUACAACGGGGAGGAGGGAUGAAAAGAUCACAUGUACAUUAUACAGUUUUAGCUUUGUUCCCAGAUCUGGAUCUUUAUUUUUUCCAAUAUUUCCCAAUAUAUUCCUCUAUUUUUUUUGGGAGUUUUUUUUUUUUUGUCGAGUAUAGUUCUUGAUAAAAUUUUGGAAAAGCUAAUAUUUUGUCUUCCAUCCUUGUAUGGUUCUUACCUUCCUUGUCUUUCAUUGAUGUUAUUAUUUUCUUCCCUUUCUAACGUGUGCUGCUUUGGCUAAUAAUUUGGAGUUUCUGUAUUACUGUAUUUAAAGUAUUCUCUAUUUAAAAAUAUCAAAUCUUUUUGAGUCCUUUUAAACUCGUGUUUUUCUAGCUGUUUUCUCGUUGCUAAUGCUUUUAUAUAGAAUAAUCAGCUGCACUUUCAUCAUACAGUCCAAAUCGCCUUGCCGGCUCCUAGCACUUUACCCCACUCUGGUUCCACUAUUCAUGUUUGCACAAGUCAGCCCCUCCCACGUAAUCCUAAACAGCCCCACUCCCCUGUCUAACUGAUAUGCUAUGUGUUUUAUCUUAAAGUUUUAAAAUUGUUUGGUUCUUGCUAUGUAUUUAAAUUUUGUAACUUCUACUGUUUUUGUGCAUAUGUCAACUGUUGAUUUUAGGGCUUUGUCCCCAUGUAAGCCGCCCCGAGUCCCCUUGGGGAGAUGGAGGCGGAAUAUAAGAAAUAAAUUAUUAUUAUUAUUUGUAAUCAUCUUCCCUUCAUAGCAGUAGCCAAGGCCUCGGCAGUUGAGCGAUACCACCUUCAUCGAUCCACCAUUUCACUUGCAUUUUUCUGUUUCUUUGUUUAUUUUAUGUAUUUAUUUCCAUCAUUUCUAUCCCGCCCUUCUCACCCGAAGGAACUCAGGGCGGCUUACAAAAUUGGCAGAAUUUGAUGCCAAUACACAACAAUACAAAAGAAUAAAAACAUAAGCAGUUAAAUUCAGAUUUAAAACAAUACAAAAUACUUGAGCCAUUCAUCCACAGAACCUUGUACAUAAACCUUAGUCCAGACCGAGUCGAAGCCGACAAAACUUAUUAUUUGAACACUUUGUUCAACACUUUGUUGGUCCCUUUAAAGUAUAACACCAUAUUGUACCACACUUCCCCUCCCCCAAUACUACUACUACUACUACUACUACUAAUAAUAAUAAUAAUAAUAACUACUACUACUACAUUAUUUUUGUAUCCCGCCACCAUCUCCCUGAAGGGACGCAGGGCACCUUACAUGGGGACCAAGCCCAAUCAGACAAAGUUCAAAAUAUAACACAAUAAAAUACAUAUACCAACAUCAUAAAGGACAUAAUUAAAAACAUAAUUCAUCAUACAACAACCAAUAUUUAGCCGAGCGUGAUGGACGUUUCCGAGCUAGGGACAAGGGAAAGGCCUGUGCAAUACAGCUGCGAGGGGAGGGCUGGUGGCAAAGUGCGAGAGGCAGAUGAUAAGUUAAGGCUGGAAGGGCCAGUCAGAUUAGUACAAGCCCAGCACUAAAGUACACAGAAAUCUAAAAUACGUGUUAAGAUACAGUUGUCCUAUUACUAACUAAUAUACAGAAUAAAACAAUGGUAACAGACAAAUUAUAAUCCUUACAGGCGCAUGAAAUGCAUGGUCAAAGUAAUAAACAACUGUAUAUUGUGGUCACACUUUAGAUACAUUUAUCAUAGUCCCAUGUAAGUUAAUGUUUUGGAGAUGCGCAGGAGGAAUGUAAACCAUAAAGGAAUGUAGAACAACAAGGAUUCCUGAGUAUUUUGUGACUCUUGUUUCUGGAUCAAAAUCCCUUCUUCAGGUAGCUUCUGAAGGUUCUUUCAUGUGUUUGUAGUAGAUUUUUCUGCAGCUUUUGUAAACUAUAUUUAAAAAAGACAACAUAAUAGAUUUGCUGUUGCCAGCACCCAGUAACAUUAAACAAUUUCGCGUUGGUUUAACACUCAUUUAAACAAAGAAAAACACUUACUUCCACUAAGGAGUUUGUGGCUCUGCUGUAGCACUUCAGUUGUGGAUAAUGAUCCUACUGCCUUCCAUUUGUGAGCAAUUAGCUCAUGGAGGUAGCUCCCUUUUUAAGGAUGGCUAGCUACUUGGAGCACUCAUUAAGAGUAAUUACAAAAAACAAGAGAGAUCUAAUUUAUCAUUUAAGCCAUGUGGAUGGACUGUAUGUAAUUUAAAUAUCCAAAAGGCUUCCCUCUGUAGUAAAAUCCUUUUUAUGUCCCCAUGGGGUUUUAUGGUGAUCCUUUCUAGAGCACAGAAUCUAAAGCUUGUAUAGGAAUGCGAUUUCUCUAAAAAAUGUAAAUAAAGAAUGGAAUCUGAUGCUUUAUUCUUGAUACGUGAGCGAUGUUCUAAUAUUCUGGUUUUUAGAGAUCUAGAAGUCAUGCCCACAUAUAAGAGCCCACAAGGACACUCUAUAACAUAUAUGACCUGGUCAGUGUUACAUGUAGUGAAACUUUGUAGUUGUAUAUUGAAUUUUAAAGUAGGAUGUAUAUAUUGUUUGAUUCUAAGAGACAACAAACAACACAAUGUCCACAGUUUGUGUGGCCUCUAAGGUUGGAUUUCUUCAAAAUGUUGGGUUUUGUUAAAUCAGAGUUUAUAAGUAUGUCCUUAAGAUUUCUUGAGCGUUUGUUGGCUAAUACCCUGUUUCCCCGAAAAUAAGACAUCCCCAAAAAAUAAGACCUAGUAGAGGUUUUGCUGAAUUGCUAAAUAUAAGGCCUCCCCUGAAAGUAAGACCUAGCAAAGCUUUUGUUUGGAAGCAUGCCCGGUGCCCGCCAAACAAAACACCAUAGCAUGCAGAAUUGGUAAAUAUACAUACCAGUUGUAUAUGGAAAUAAUGGUAGUAACAAGAAAUUCUUGAAGGAGUCACAGUUUGUCUGGUUUAGUUAUGUUGGUUUGUGAUGACAAGUACUGUACAGUAUGGAAUAAAUGUUCAUUUUUUUGUUCAACAAUAAAUGUGGAUUCUUCUUCGUGGAAAAAUAAGACAUCCCCUGAAAAUAAGACCUAGCACAUCUUUGGGAGUAAAAAAUAAUGUAAGACACUGUCUUAUUUUCGGGGAAACACGGUAGUGGUAAGUUUUGGCAUCCAGGGAUAUCUCUAAUUAGGUGCCAAUGUUUUCUAAUAAUUUUGUGGAUUUUUGGAGAGAAUUGUGUUAAAGUUAAUGGCCAAAUGAUGCGAUCAUUGUUUUGUUUUGUCUGUUCCUUUAGUAAGUUACUCCUGUCUAUAGAUUCUGCCUUCCUAAUAGCUGGUUUUAUGAUUCUUAUAGGAUAACCUCUCUCCUUAAACUGUUUCUUAAAGAUAGACACUUCUGUAGCAAGAUCCUCAGGGAAGCUAGUGUUACGUUUCAAUCUUAUUGAUUGUGUAAAAGGUAAGUUGGUUUUUAAUUUAUGGUGGUGGAAUCUGGAGUAGUGCAUUAUGGAAUUUUUAUCUGUUGGCUUUCUAUAGUUUUUGACCAUCAAUCUCUUGCCAUUUUUGUAUACUGUGACAUCCAAGAAAAUAACAUGGUUAAAUACAAUACAUGACAGUAUAACAUUCACCAGUACCUAUAGCCAUACAAGCAUUAAUUUCUCUCCUCCGCCUCUUUGGUUGGGCCGGGGCCACGCGGGUGGCGAGGGCCAGGAGCUUCCUUGAGGAAACAAGGCUGCAGUGGAGGGAGGGCAAGCUCAUGCUUUUCUGCCGUCGGAUGCGCUGAGGAAGAAGUGUGCGGCUCCUCCUUGUCGUCAGUCUCAGCACAUCCGCUGGUAGUGAAGCAUGAGGACCUCUUAGCCCUCCCUCAAGUGUGACCUUGUUACCUCAGGGAGGGGCUUUGAAUUAGCCAGUUAGGAAUGCAGGUCCUUGUUAGUUUGGAAGAUUCAUUUGGGAAAUGUGGCCAGAGUGACCCUUUGAGAUGCUGAGGAAGCAGAGUUGGGAGUCCCUGUGGCAGGGGAGAUAAGGACACAAUCCAUAAAGAAAUCCUUGUUCCUUUCAGCAUUUAGCACAAUGCUGGUAAUUCACGGAAACCCAUGAUCCAGAAUAUGUUACACCCUUGAAUGCUGGACGGAAUUCUGCCAGCCAGCCUGCCUUGUGUUCCUUUAACCACGUUUGGGUCUGACCCAAUGAAAUGGGUGUGGCCCUCCAAUAUUGGAAAAGGGUUCAGUUCCCUCCUUCCAGGACUCCGUCCUUCUCUUAUCCUCUCCUUCUAUGUUUCUUCCCUUCCAUCUUUCCUUUCUUCUUUCCUUUUUCGCUUUGUUUGCCUUGAGCCAGAGGUAUGCGGCUUCAUGUCUAACCUUUUGCUUCUUCUUUCUUGACCAGGACAUGAGAGUUCUCUGGAGCUACCCCUGCCGUGAUGGGAAACGAACCAGCUUCUAGUUGAUAUUAAGGCAUUUGGAAACCAAAGUGCAGAAAGGAAACCAGUCCUCUAGGAAAAAGGAUUCCUCUCAAGGGGCUGAUCCUGCAGAAUUCCUACAUUCACUUUGGAUUAUAGAGUAGAACCAUAGAAGAGACUGCAUGAGGCCCCUAGUCCAGGCUCCUGUCGUGCAGGAAAAGUACCCCUGACAGAUGAGCAUCUAGCCUCUGUUUAAAAGAUCCCAAAGGAGCCUCCACUACAUUUUGAGGCAGAGAGUUCCACUGCUGAAAAGCUCUUACAGUCAGGAAGUUCUUAAUGUUCAGAAGGAGUCUCCUUUCCUAUAAUUUGAACCCACUGUUGUGAGUAAUCAGAAAGGGAAAAACAAGAAUCAAGUGUCAAUAUUGCAAUUAAAUGUACAUAACUUUUGACAUGGAGGAGAAAGCAUAUAAAUGUAUUGAAUGUGGAAAGAGCUUUGGUCAGCAUGGAAACCUGAAGACACAUCAAAGGACUCACACUGGGGAGAAACCCUAUAACUGCCUGGAGUGUGGACAGAGCUUCACUCAGAAGGGACAAUUACAUUCACAUCAAAGGACUCACACUGGAGAGAAACCCUAUAACUGCCUGGAGUGUGGAAAAAGCUUUGCUCAUAAUUCAACCCUCCAUGCACAUCAAAGGACUCACACUGGAGAGAAACCCUAUAUAUGUCUGGAGUGUGGACAGAGCUUCACUCAUAGUUCAAGUCUACAUUCACAUCAAAGGACUCACACUGGGGAGAAACCCUAUAACUGCCUGGAGUGUGGACAGAGCUUUGCUCGUAGUUCAGGACUACGUUCACAUCAAAGGACUCACACUGGGGGGAAACCCUAUAACUGCCUGGAGUGUGAACAGAGCUUUGCUUGUAGUUCAGCACUACGUAGACAUCAAAGGACUCACACUGGGGAGAAACCCUAUAACUGCCUGGAGUGUGGACAAAGCUUCACUCAAAGUUCAAGCCUGCGUAGACAUCAAUGGACUCACACUGGGGAGAAACCCUAUAACUGCCUGGAGUGUGGACAGAGCUUCACUCAUAGAUCAGGCCUACGUAGACAUCAAAGGACUCACACUGGAGAGAAACCCUAUAACUGCCUGGAGUGUGGACAGAGCUUCACUGAUAGUUCAGGUCUACGUAAACAUCAAAGGACUCACACUGGGGAGAAACCCUAUACAUGUCGGGAGUGUGGACAGAGCUUCGCUGAUAGUUCAACUCUACGUAAACAUCAAAGGACUCACACUGGGGAGAAACCCUAUAAAUGCCUGGAGUGUGGACAGAGCUUUGCUCGUAGUUCAAGUCUACGUUCACAUCAAAGGACUCACACUGGGGAAAAACCCUAUAAAUGCCUGGAAUGUGGACAGACCUUCGCUCAGAUUGGAACUCUAUAUUCACAUCAAAGAACUCACACUGGGGAGUUCUAUACCCUAUAACUGCCUGGAGUGUGGACAAAGCUUCACUCAAAGUUCAAGCCUGCGUAGACAUCAAAGGACUUACACUGGGGAGAAACCCUAUUACUGCCUGGAGUGUGGACAGAGCUUCACUCAUAGAUCAGGCCUACGUAGACAUCAAAGGUCUCACACUGGAGAGAAACCCUAUACAUGCCUGGAGUGUGGACAGAGCUUUGCUCAGAGUUCAGGUCUACGUUCACAUCAAAAGACUCGCAUUGGGGAGAAAGCCUAUACAUGCCUGGAGUGUGGACACAGCUUUGCUCAUAGUUCAGGUCUACGUGAACAUCAAAGGACUCACACUGGGGAGAAACCCUAUACAUGCCGGGAGUGUGGAAAGAGCUUUACACAGAGUUCAGGUCUACGUUUACAUGAAAAAACUCACACUGGGGGGGGAACCCUAUAAAUGCCUGGAGUGUGGACAUACCUUCAGUCAUAGUGGAUAUCUACGUAAACAUCAAAGGACUCACACUGGGGAGAAACCCUAUAAAUGUCUGGAGUGUGGACAGAGCUUCGCUGAUAGUUCAACUCUACGUAAACAUCAAAGGACUCACAUUGGGGAGAAACCAUAGAAAUGCAUGGAGUGUGGACAGAGUUUUUCACAGAAUAAGAUUAUACAUAGACAUCAUAGAAUUCAUCCUGGAGAGAAUGGUGUUAAUUGACACCAGAGUGUCAUUCUAACAUGUACAAAGCAACUCUUGCAAAUUUUGGAAAUUCAAGCUCAAAGUUGGGACAUUUCAUCACAUGUGGUGUAUUGUAGAAAGAUUGAACUAAAAAUACAGUGUUCCCUCACUUAUCCCGGGGGUUAGGUUCCAGAACCACCCGCAAUAAGUGAAAAUCCACGAAGUAGGGAUGCUAUAUAUUUAUACAUUAUUUUAGUAGUUAUACACUAUUUUAAGUCUAUCAAGAAAUCAUGUGUUGAUAAAUCACCUCCUUCUCCUCUUGUUGCCGCUUGGGCUCCUUUUCUCUCCCUUCGGCUUCUCCUUCCUCCCUUCCUUAGGCUGUACAUUGUUAUUUUUUAUGAUUUAUAAUAGUAUUUUAGAGUUUAUUGAAAAACUGCAAAACAGCGAAUCCGUAAAGAGCGAAGUAGUGAGGGAACUCUGUAUGUUCCAUUCUGGAAGUAAUUAUAUUAUCUAAAGGGAAUAGAAUAAUGAGAGAUAAAAAUUAACAGAUAGAAUGAGGCCUUUAGGCAUGUAUCCCUGUCUGUUUGUUAGUUCAGUUGUCUAUGAAGGUAACUGUUUCACAGGUCUGUUUGUUUCUGAUUUAGUUUUGUGUCUCAUGUAGUAGUUAGUUUCAUGUGUAGUUGAAGCAUUAUAUCUAAUUUCUGCCUUUUUGUAUUGUUGCUUUCAAUCUCUCUUUUUUUUGCCACAAAGAGGGGGAUUUAUAAGGGACAAAACUGCUGAAACUGUCAACUUGUUUUGUUCUGAACCCAAAGGUUUCCUGUUCUUUGGAUGCCGAGUGUUCAGGGAAGAGUGAGGUCUGUGAGAUCAGUGAGUAGAAAACAUGACACAAUUUAGAUAAUGGUUUGUGACACAACAACAACCCUUGUAGUAGUCAAUGGGAUAUUCUGUAUGCCUUCUUUAAUGUCAAGUAAGAUAUUGUGCUCAGAUACAAAGAUUUAUAAAGGAAACACCACAAUGGAUAUAAAACAAUGGGAAGCGCGGGAAGCAGAUUAUGUGUGCUCAUCACACCUCACACAGAUAGGACCACGUGUGCUAUAAACAUGGAAGAUGUGAUACAUUCACACAAGAUACAGGAAUGGGAUGUCUUGGUGUUACUACUGUUCAGCUAAUGUUGUGGUCUGAUGGAAAUAUAAUAGAACCGAUAAACAAACAUUCGGUUGAAAUGUAAAUGUAACAUAACUUUUGUUCAAGAUGAUGAAACUGGGAAUUUGGUGUACGUGGUGGAGAAUGGAGACAGUGAAAUAGACUUGAAGUUUAAAAAGUUAUCCAUAAAUAUAAGAUAAGGAAUUAAUUGGGAAAAAUUAAAUAUACUAGUAAAAACGAAUCAGCAGGUGAAGAAACACUUGGAGAGUUAUGAGGAAAGAAGUAAGAAAGGUUUUGUUAGGAUCCAAGAGGUUGAUGGAGAACGUCAGAGCGUGGCCGCAGAAGGAAGCAGCCCGACAGAACGUCACUGGUGUGAUGAAAUCAACGGAUAUUCACCCAAAGCGGCAGCAGCAUGUUUACAUCUAUUGAUGCACCCAGUAGUAAGGUGAGGGCUACAAGGAGUGACUGAUCGAUUUUCUGUAUUUGAAAACAAAUUGCAAUACUUAGAAACGCAAUUGUGAACUGCGAUGUAUGUUGACUCUAUUGAGAGGGUUGAUGGGCCAAAGGGCCUGCAUUUCUAUUUCUAUUCUAUUUCUGAUUGCUUUUAAUUAUGCAUUAUUAAGGUGUCUGCUUCAACUUAUUCUAUUAAAGAUGCAACCUGCCUUCUUCCAGAGGAGAGGCAAGUGUCCGUAUGUCGCCACUAUGUUUCCGGAACAUCUUGUGGUCGGCCGAUGUGGUUAAUGUGGUUAAGCUACUUACUGGAACAUAAGUGAACAACAUGUUUUUCUACAAAUGUUGUUUAUGAUAAAGGAAGCACGCUUGCAACACUCUGUACUGCUCCAAAGAAAUGAGGAACAUGAGGAUAUAUUGAGCUUCAUUUCCAAUGUUCUUCACGGCGGUCACCUUUGAUUUGUCCAUCCGUCUAUACUGCAGUAUAAUAAAGGUACUUGUUUUAAACUC